UGCACAAGAGUACAUUAGACAGUAAAAAGAUCGACCUACAAACCGAAUGGAAAAUCAGAAUGAUGAGGAAAAAUCAAAACACGAGACAUAUGCGACAGAAAGUAACAAAGUAAGUCUGACGAAUUCCAAAAAGGAUUGUGAAACUGGAUUACACGGAUUAAACAACACGGAUCUGGAUAAAGCGGAUUCGCCACGAAAGGCAUCGCGUCAAUUGAACAAUCUACCCCAACGUUUACAGUCCCUUACAAAUCUACCAAAUGAAAAGGAAGAGAGGAGAAAUUUGAAAAAGUUAUCCUCCGAAGAAGUUGGACCAAGAAAAGAUCACCCAUCGUCAAAAAGAAGCACAACAUUAAGGGACGGAAUAGUGCAUGACCGAAAUGAAAAGGAUGUAUCAAAGACAAAGAAUUCAACAAACACUUUCUUUUAUUGCAGAUUCAUCGUAAAAUUUCCUGUUAUAGCUUUCUUGUUGUCCUCUACGAUACACAUAUUUGCAAUAGUCACUACAGUAUCCCUGCAUAUCGCAGGGGAAAAUGUGUUUCCCACGGAUUUUAAGAGGUUACCCCUGGUUCUGUACGAUGAUAAAACUAGACAACAGGAUCUGGCCUGGCGCAGUAGAGACUCCUAUUCCUUGUUGAUAUCGAGGCCAGCACUUGAGUUAAACAAUCACUAUCCCACAUGGUAUAGAGGACGAGUUGGAGAUACUUUGGAGGUCAUCUUAGAAGUGGACAAUGGCGAUAUUUUUAGCCAAGCCAACCUCAAACUUAUCCAACACGUAGAAAAUCUUAUGUUCAAUUUCAAGGAUUAUAAGUCCAGUUAUUGUCAACUUGACGAGUUUGAGGAGUGUGUAAAACCUUGGUCGGUGAUUCGCCUUUUUGAUGGGACAUACAACACCAUUAGUGUGUACAACAAUAAUGCUUCAAAAUUCAGUAAUUUUACUUUGGAAACUUUUGAAAACUCAAAGGAAGUUUUGUGCAAUGCAACUAAAUCGGAUGAAACAAAAGAGUUUGUUAAGACCAUCUUUCCUAAAGGAUAUGAUCCAUGUCGACCCGGAUGUGCGUCAUCUGUUACCAGAAUACUUCUAACAAUGGGUUAUCCACUUUGGAGAGGAAAGGAUAAUACUGUAAUCUCAAAUUUCUUGGUCGAUGAAAUGAAACCAAAUCUUGAGCAUAUUCGCGACAAUAUUCUUGGGGACAUAAUGAAUUUGUACUACACAAGCGAAUGGAUUUUUGAUAAUGACGUCACAGAACAGGCUUUAAAGGACAUGCUUUUCACAAUUGGGAGUUUUCUAUUCAUUUUUCUUGUUAUGUGGAUUCAAACCAAAUCCUUUUUUAUAACUUUUUUUGGAAUAUUCAGCAUAUUAACAAGCUUUUUACUGGCAAAUUUAAUGUAUCGCUAUGUGUUUAAAUACGAAUAUUUUGGAUUUUUUCACAUCAUUUCCAUGUUUAUCAUUCUUGGGAUCGGAGCAGACGAUGUUUUUGUGUUUUACGAUUCCUGGCGCCUCACCGCUGCUGGGGAGUAUCCGACACUAGCUCAUCGACUCACUGACUGCUACUACAGAGCUGCCAAGACCACCUUUAUCACAUCUGUGACUACAAUGGCAGCUUUCUUAGUUAGUGGUACCUCUCCGCUCCUUCCCGUGGCAUCCUUUGGCCUUUUUACAGGUGUUCUAGUGGGUGUCAACUAUAUUUGUGACUUGAUAUAUUUCCCAACCGCUAUUAUUUUGUAUUCAGAGAAAAUCAGACCUCGAGCUAACAGGUUCUUAUCAUGGCUAUUUGAUAGAAAAUGUUUCAAGUCCUUGAAAUGUACAUUUUGUAAACAUGAAACAGACAUGAAUGAAACCCCAUCAGAAAUUGCAGGGUCUUCAACAACGUCUAUAUCUUUUGUGAGCUCUCCCCAGCUGGCCUUUGAUCAUAGUCAAACAAAUUUAAAUAACUUGCAGGAGUCAAAAUGUUGUGAUCAUGAUGUAAUAAAGAAGCCCAACGACCAAGGGAAAGUAAACCAUCAUGAUUUUGAAGACCGGAUGUUAGUUGUUCGGUUUCUUCGUCAUGGAUUCUUGUCCUUUAUGUCUCUAAAAGUAGUCCGUUUUCUUAUUCCAUUUGUAGUCGUUGGAGUUUCGUCUUUUUUCAUAUACAGUGCUACGACUUUGGAACCCGACAGUAAACAGGUAGAAAUAUUCCGAUCCACACACAACCACGGAAAAGCUUGGAACCACCAUCAUUAUACGUUUCAGAAGAAUUUUGAUGAAAACGAGUACACUAGUGUGUUCCUGGUAUGGGGAAUACUGGGGAAGGAUAUGAGUACUUGUAAUCGCAAAAAAUCUGAUUUCUGUGGGGGGACAGUGGUAUGGGACGACACUUUUGACCCCUCAUCACCAGAGGCGCAGACGGCAAUCCAUAAUCUGUGUCAACGUUUGGAAAAUGCAAGCGACUCAAUAAUAAAUCAACUGAAAAUAAGAAGAAAUGCCAUUACUAACAAACCAGAAGUCAGUUGUUUUCUAACAGCCAUGGAAAGAUUUCUUCGGGAAGAAGUCCAAAAGUCGGAGGAUGUUUAUCCUUCUGAUCUGAAUGUUGAUGUCCCCUUGGAUGAGGGCAACAUGACAAAAUUCAUGACUUCCAACCCUGAUAUAUAUGGUAGACAAUUAACUCUUCCUAAGGACUUUAACAGAUGGCUGGAAAUUGGAGUUGGUUAUUGGAUGACCAAUAGGUAUACAGGCAAAGUGCAUCCGGACUAUUUUAUGUAUGAUCAUCUUAUUGGAGAAGAAUAUGUUAUGGGAGAAACAAAUAUAGCAGAGAACAUGCGUUUUUAUGGACUAUAUUACGGUUCGAAGCUGAGAUAUUUUGGAAUUCAAGUCAAUUUAACAGUAAAAGUACAAACCCUAGGCUACAGCGACGGAGGACCGCUCUAUCAUGCAUGGGAACAGUUCAUGAUUAAUGAAAAGGCAAAAAUGCCACCGUCUUUAAAGAAUGGAUUCCAGUGUACAAGAAAUACAUGGCACAUGAUUCGUGUUCAGGAGGUGCUCUCAGAGUCGGCAUACUUUGGAAUACUUAUUGGUUUGUCCGUGGCUCUGCCUGUUCUAGUCCUCACGACCAUGAACUUCAUCAUUGGGUUUUUAGCGUGGGUCGUUAUUGCACUGGUGACGGUGUGCGUCUUGGGUUCUAUACCUCUUCUGGGCUGGAAAUUAGGGGUCCUUGAGUCCCUUAAUCUGUGCAUGGUAGUAGGCCUAGCUGUGGAUUAUGUCGUUCAUUUGGCAGAAGCUUACAACGUGUCAUCAAGCGUAACUCGACAGGACAAAACUCGAAACAUGCUGGAAAAGAUGGGACUCUCUGUCCUUUCUGGUGCCUUAACCACUUUCGGGGCGUCUGUGUUUAUGUUGGGUGCCCAUAUUAAGUUUGUGUAUGAAUUCGGAAUUUUUGUCAUGAUUACUGUAUGUACUUCCUUGUUCUUCUCUUUGUUUGGCUUCACUUCCUUUCUGUUGAUUUUUGGACCAGAGGGAAAUACGGGUUCUGUUACGGCAUUGUUCAAAAAGAUUUUUCGUUGCAAACAAAAGGUCCAAUUUACACCAAACGGGGGAAAACCUUUGUCGACGCCUUUACCCUCCGAGAUUGAUCCGCCCAUGAUUCCUAAUGGUCUCAAAUCUAAUGUGCCAAAAUUAGUUCAGCUUGGACUUCAGUCAUAUUUAUGAAUUUUAUGUACAUAUUUAUCUAAGAUAUACCACAUUUUUAUUAUACUUCUUGAAUAUUGAUCUUUAUGAAGUAUUUUUGUUGUUAUUUAUUACAGCUUAUUUUUAUCAUUUUAAUAUUACCUUGUUUACAUCUUGUUGCUGGAAAGCUGCAUUUCAUUUCAGGUGUUUUUGAUAAAAUGUUUUUCUAAAAAUUAAAUUGAGCAAGCAAACAACUUGACUAUAAAAAUAUUAAGUGUCUGGGACAAAAAUUGUAAGUCUUUUAUUACUGAUUAUGAUAAAGAAUAUAUAUAUAUGGCAUUGUAAACAAAAUCUCAGAUCUAGAUUACAAAAAAAAAACAACAAAACAGUGAUUUGGCCAUAAAUUUGACGUGAAAAACAUUUGUAGUACCAGAAUAAUCAAGUGAUAUGUGUGUGGGUCAGUAAUGUUUUGAUUUUUAAAGUUUUACUAAUUCUGAUGGAUUUCAUUUCCCAAUACUCUUAGUACUUUGAUUAUGUAAAUAACCCUCUUUACUUGAUGGUAUCACUUCUCGCAGGG